UCCAAGACUAUGAUGCUUCCGUCUUAUAUAGCUACUGAAAUUUUAAAUAUAUAAAGAUUAUGACUUGUAUAUGUUAGGAAAAUAUAGCUAAUGAUUUAGGUAAAAAAAGGUUUUGAUGAAGUUUUCUUCUCUGAGCUGGGUGGUUUGGUCGUGGAGCUUUUAUCGUUCUUCUGAACGACAUCACCAGCACAAAAUCCACCACCUUAAAAAAGGUUACUAUUAACCGUAUAUAAACUUUCAUUAACUAAAUUUUCAUGACAGACAAAAAAUGAUACUGGAAACAUGGGUCGUAAAUUACAGAACGUUCAUAACCACUAGUCUAAUGAAUAAAUGGAUGUUUUAAAUAAAAAAUAUAUUUGUUUCGUAGCUCUUUGCUCCAUUGAAUAAUAUCCUGAAAAUACUCUAAAUCAUAAAUUGACUUCAUUUAUACAAUCAGAAAUUAGAUGUUUUGUCCUGGAGGAACAAGUUUAACAAGCUAGGUUCUACUAUCAUUACAGUAAGUGAUUUAAAUCAACCUAAAACUAUAUUUCUAAUGAUAAAAAAUAUAUGUACUUUCAAAGGUAUACAAAACAAGCCCGUUAAAAAUACCACAGACAAAACUUGUUUAUUGUCAUGUUUCAUACAAAAAAAAUAAUGAUUGAUAACAAUACGUACAAGGAAAUGUACAAGCACUCAGGUUCAUGUUCAUUUCUCUCCAACUAAAAAUCAAUACUUAAAAAGGCAUAUAAUAAUUUGCUUCAAGCACAUAUGAGGUCAAUAUGUAUAUAUACUCACUUAAAGUAAACAAGCUAUUGUUUCCAUUUCAUAUUAUCCAAUAAAAUUCCGACUUCAAAUACACCAAUGAAAAGGAAGGGACUGCUUUUAGGAAUAUUAAAGUUCAAUUUAUUCAGAUAAUGUCACAUAAACAUAUUACUGUGUAUAAAAAGUGGAUCAGAUACAUAUUAUUCCCUUAUAAACUCUUAUUAAUUUUCCAUCUAUCGUUGGCCAAAUAUAUUAAUGUCCGAUACAAAACAUAAAAAAUGUGAAUGUUGUGAGGAGUAUGGAAAUGCUGUGGCUUCCGGAUUGUUUCGUAAAAAGGAAAUAGGACGUGAUAUGAAAGAACUACUCAAAACUGGUUUAAACCGAUGUUUAACAACAUUAGAUUUAAUAGCAUAUGGAUUAGGAUCCAUGCUUGGCGGGAGUAUAUACGUACUAACAGGUGCUGUAAUGAAUAGACGAACUGGGCCUGCAGUAUUUUUGGCAUAUAUACUGGCUGGUUGCGUGGCGUUACUUAAUUCUCUAAACUAUUCUGAAUUAGCAUGUCGUAUACCAAAGGCUGGUUCUUCAUAUACAUACAUAUAUUUUAUCAUGGGUGAAUUUCCUGCUUUUAUAACUGGAUGGGCAAUACUACUCGAGUAUAUACUAGGUAUAUCACUUGUUGCAAGAUGUUGGAGUAGUAUGCUUGACAGUCUUGCAGACAAUCAUAUAAGUAAAUGGACAAUACACAGUGUUGGUAGAUUAUCUCAUCCAGGUGGUGUAUUAGCUGAACAUUAUGACUUUGUCGGUGUAUUGCUGAUUAUUAUAUUGUCGGCUAUAUCUUGUUGUGGAGUUCGUGGCAGUGCAAAAGUGACAGCAGUUUCAAUUUUUGUAAAUGUUGGUGUAUUAACAGUAACAUCAAUCUAUAUGUUUGUAUACAGCAAAACAGAAUAUUUAUAUAUCACUUCACCUAAUAUUACAGUAGAUAAAUUAUCGCCAAAUCCAAACUUUUUACCAUUUGGAAUACCAGGCUUAAUAGGUGGUACAGCAAUUUGUUUUAAUGUAUUCAUCGGUUUUGAUGCAAUAUCAACGUGUGCAGAAGAAGCUAAAAAUCCUAGUUACAGUCUACCUAGAGCAAAUAUUGUAGCCGUUAUAAUUGUAGCAAUUUUGACCACACUAUCUUCACUAGCACUAACUUUGUAUUACCCUUGGUUUCUUAUUAGUACCGAGAGUUCAUUUUUAAGUGCGUUAAAAGGUAAUACGCUAAAUGGUGGACCAGAAAAUGUACGAACUGGAAUGUUUUAUUUUGUUGGUGUUGGAUCAUUAAUUGGAUUAAUUGCCUGUUUAAUUACUUCAUUAGUUGCUGCACCAAGAAUUAGUUAUGCUAUGGCUCAAGAUGGUCUUAUUCCGACUAUUUGUUCUCAUCUUUGUCAACCUUUUAAAACACCUACCAUUUCAACAACAUUCGUCACAAUUAUAACAGCCUUACUAACAUUGAUUUUCAGUGUGGAUAGUUUAGCCGAUUUUAUGAGCUUAGGGACGUUAAUCGCUUAUUCCAUUACUGCAAUAGCUAUUAUAUGUAUACGUUACAGAAAACAAUCUGAUAGUCCACAAAUAUUGACUGAAACUGAUCAAAUAGAAACAGACAGCAUUGAAAAGGAUAAGCCUGUUAAACAAGUGGAACAUUUCAAAAAACGUAUUGAUAAACCAGGAUUUGUAAAAUAUCGUUAUGCUCGUUGUAUACCUAAUUGUAUAUUGAAGAUUUUCAAUUCCGGUUCACCUGGUGAUACAGUUGUUAUGAUCAUGGCUACUUAUAUCGUAUUAAAUGGUGUUUUAAUUAUGUGUUUGACAAUAGGAGCGAAACAUGAAUUAUGGCCAAUAUGGAGAAUUGUUUGUGUAGUGUUCAUUUUAGCAUUACUGAUAUCCUGUAUUGUAUUGAUGAGCAUUUUUAAACAAUUUGGACCACCUUACAAAGGUUUGUUUCAACUUCCCUAUGUUCCGUUCAUCCCAUGUGCAACGUUAACUAUAAACGUAUUUUUGAUCAGUGAGCUUUCAUGGGUUACCUGGAUAAGAUUUACUAUUUGGAUAGUAAUCGGUCUGAUACUUUAUUUUGGAUUUGGAGUAAUGAACACAUAUCGACUAUCUAAAGAUAAUGAAAGUGACAAUUCACAAACUUAUCUACAUGAUCCAGACGAUGACAAAGAAUUCGAUAAAACUUACAUAUCUACAAACAAGGCCACAUAAGACGUCCUUUAUGAAUAGAUGGUGAUCAAAAAACAGUUGGAUUCAAAUUUCUUGUAUUUUUCUUUUCAAACUUGUUUAUCUACUUAAUUCCUUUAUAUUUUACCACAAAUAUUAUGACUUCAACUGAAAUUACUCCUACCAUCUCAUUUGUAGAAACCAAGAAAUCGUCAUCCUCAGUACUCAAUGAUGAUAAAUAAUACUUAUAGCAAGGCAGUGAAUGAUACUUUGAAGUUUUGACUUAUCAAAAACCACAAUCUCUACAUUUUAUUUUACACAUACUACUAAAUUUCAUAGAACUAUGAUGGAUUGUAAAAAAAUUUCUUACUGCUUAUUUUUGUGAACAAAUUAUAAUUAAUGAAGAGGGAUAGAUAAACCAAAAUUCUCUGAGAUUAUGAACUAUAUUAUUUAUAUAAUCUAUAAAUAAAUAACAAAAAACUAUAUUCAGCUUCUAGUAUGUUAUAAAUUUUAUUUAUGCUGAAUCAAAUAUAUACAUGUAUAAUUCCAGAACAAUCGACACUUAGUUCUUUGCAAUCUCUUCAUUUGACUGCUCUUGCGAGGGAAACUAUGACAAAACGUCUAUACCCUGCAUGCGAGGUCGUGAAUGCACACUGCAGAAGAGUAUCACAAUAUGACACGGAGGUCAGAAAGUGCGUCCAGGUUUUCAUUGGUAUUCUGAAAUUGAUCAGUUUAUGAACUCAGUUAAAACGCGACAAUGUCCAUAACCCUAUACCGUGAACGAUGAUUAUUUCUCAGUCCAACAAAAAUGACGCAAACAGAUCCUCUGCUUCCCGAAUCAUUUAUUCACUUACUUCCCUAUAUACGCCCGUUAAUCCUUGAGGAGGAUCAUAGGAUUAUCAACAGCAUUCUCCAGCCAACUCUGCCCUGAACAAUGCUUUCAAGUUGUUUCCAAGUGCUGUUCAUCAUCCUCAUAUCUCCUUCCAAUUACCCACGCAGUUUGUCCCUUCGUCUUACUCCUUUCCGUUACACUUCACGAUUCGAAGUUAGCACUUGCCUAGUGAUGCAGGUUGAUUAUUUCCUCAAUGUGUGUCCUAUCCACCUCCAACAUCUUUCCCAAUUUCCUCCUCAGCUCAAACCUGGUUUGUUCUCUGCCACAGUACACUGUCGCUGGUGAUAGUCAGUCAACGGACAUUGAGUAUCUUACGUAGACAAUUGUUUAUAAAUACCUGUACCAUUUUGAUUAUGGUUGUAGUAGUUCUGGAAGAUUCAGCAGCGUACAGUAGAACUGUCUUGACGUUCUUAUUGAAGAUUGUGACUUUGAUAUUGGUUGAGAGGAAGUUGUUUUGAGUUGCAUAUGUUGUUCAACUGUAGGGAUGCUGUCCUUACUUUGCCAAUCCUUGUCUCUACGUGUGCAUCAGAUCCUCCACCACUUUCCAUCCCAUACACACAAACGAAUGCAGGUCAAAGCAAGUAGUGUAGUAGCAGCAGCAACCUCUGCAACGAUGGCGGAAGAAACAUACUCAAACACAACAUAGAGAACAACAAUACAAUCACACUUGAUGGAGAAGCUCUACAAUAUUUGUAAACAUUCAUGUGCCUGUCUGGACAGUAUCAUCGAUGAACGUGGAGGAUCUGAUGCACACGUAGAGACAAGGAUUGGCAAAGUAAGGACAGCAUCCCUACAGUUGAACAACAUAUGCAACUCAAAACAACUUCCUCUCAACCAAUAUCAAAGUCACAAUCUUCAAUAAGAACGUCAAGACAGUUCUACUGUACGCUGCUGAAUCUUCCAGAACUACUACAACCAUAAUCAAAAUGGUACAGGUAUUUAUAAACAAUUGUCUACGUAAGAUACUCAAUGUCCGUUGACUGACUAUCACCAGCGACAGUGUACUGUGGCAGAGAACAAACCAGGUUUGAGCUGAGGAGGAAAUUGGGAAAGAUGUUGGAGGUGGAUAGGACACACAUUGAGGAAAUAAUCAACCUGCAUCACU